AUGGCCCCCAAGCCUGCGGCCAAGACAAAAGGAGGAGGCAAGGCUGCUUCCAAGGACAAUCUCGCGCCGACGACCAAGUUGGAAUUCGGGUACCCGCAGGCUCUCACGACUGCACUUCAGGCCAUAUCGUCAAGGGCCACGCACGAUCUGUGGCAUGCUCCGAGUGUCCUGAGUGGGGACCCGACGGCCGAGCAACUUGCCCAAAGACACGCCAACGCUUUGGCGAAGUUGUCCAAAAGGUUGGUCGGCGACAUGAAAGCCAAAGAGGAGCUGACUACCGCGCUCUCGCAGUGGGCUAUGACGAUUGGGCAGCACCUCGCCCAGCUGGUGGAACGAGUUCGAGCCUUAUCUUCGAAGCUGGACGAGGAUUUAAUCGAAGCUUGCAGCGAGACAGAGACCAUGACGACAGGGGCUUCGUUGGCAACCACGGAGCGACUCCAGCAAGCCAGGGCGGCUCUAGGUCCCAUCUGGACAGCAGGGCAGGAGCAAGAGCUUUUCAGGAUUGCGGCCUGUCUUCGUGCGUUUGGCACGGUCGCCGACGAGACUGCCGUCACUCUUUCGGGAAGUGGCGAUCCUACACUGCAACCUGCCGUGCGAGGUUCUGCCCUGCCAGUAGGGACGGGUCUGGUACGGCCGGCUACUGUUCCUACUGCGGCAGCACCGACGUCUGGGGGCAGAUGGCAGAAGCGUCGCAGCGGACAGCGCCCGGAGCGCCCCUCCAAAAGCCCCAGACGGGAUAUCGCCGCGACCGUUCCCUGGGUUGCCCCUGCGACGGGGAGAUCGCCGGAGGGCCUCUCCAGAGUUCAGGAGACACAGAUCGAAGAAGACGAGGAGAUGAUCCCGGAUGUCUCGGCAUUGCCACCCUCAUGGCUUGCCUCCUGGCUUCGGUUGGCGGUUUUUGCCAUCAGCAACGGCAGCGAUCUGGUUGGAGAACUCGCCAAGAACGCCCAGCAGGAUACAUUGCUCCCUCUCCACAGCGAUGGAGGACUCCGCGAGCGAGCAUUAGGGCUCGCCGAGGAAGCGUGGUCCCUGCUACAGUCCGUGACUGCGUCAGGGGAUGGAUCCGGUAUGGCAGACCUUUACAUGGUACUGCAAGACGCCCUGCAGCAUUUGCGCCUGUGUCCAGAGGUGUUGCCGCACAUUCGCCAGGGUUUGCUACUCAGCAUGCAUCUCACACUUGGGGUGUUGCUAGAUCCAUACAGCUACGCGCCUGCAACAGCGCAAGAGUGGCUGUAUCCGGCACUGCUCGUGGAAUCAAAAGGGCCCUUCUCAGGAUUUGUCCCUCAAGAUAUGGCGAAGGACAUAGAUGUGCAGGUACUUCUCACGGUGCCAUGCCCGUACGCUCCUCCUCCCAACAGUGGCCCCGAUCAGGCCGCGGUUAUAGGUAGCGCUCUUGGUUCCAGGCGCCUGCUGGAAACGAUAAAUGCUUUUCCUGUUGAGCAGUACGUUCUCUCGCCGAGGAGCCUGCCUUGGAACCUGAUCCAUGUCCCGGUCGACCUUAGGCAGGUGUGCAAGCUGCCCCGCAGAGUUUCCUGUGCAGAACUAGUGAUGGUUGGAUCCACUGACCUGGCCACCACACAGGACCGCUUUGCGCUCAGCACGUGGGACAGCACUUCGACUGAUGCCGACUUCCAGGCGGCUGCGGAAUACAAUGCUGUCGUGCUCUCUCCUAAUGGGCUGUUCUAUGUCCAUGCUCCGGCCUUCACUGAGCACACCUCACUGCGCUCUGCAGUCCUUGCGGACUAUAAACACCAGAAUCCGCAGCUAUCAGUUUCUGACUUCUCGAGGGUUCUGCCUCCUCUUGCCAGCCUGCCACCGAUCCAGUUUGUGGCUAUGCAUGAUGCAGAUGUAGGUGAGCCAGGUGCUACCCCGGCAAGCAGACUCCGCGCGGUCGUUUUCGCCUCGGGCGAGCCGAUAGCUGGUCAGUCGGUGGAGCACCUCGUCUUGGCUGGGAGAUUCAGGGUCCUGCAUAGAGAGGUUCUCGUUGACCCCAAUGUUGCUAUCCGGGCCGACCCACCAAUCGCCUUGGUCGUCACUCCUGCUGCUGCCCCUAUCUCAGUCUCCGCUGUGCACCUGCAACAACCUAGGGACCGUAUCCCCGCAGUGCCCCAUCGAGAUUUAAUGGGCGGCUGUGCCGGUCGCCGAUAUUCGCUAGGUCUGAUGUGCCUCUUAAUGGGCGGUUGGUCAGAUUCAGGUGUUUUCGGGUGCAUUCUGGCUGUGCUUUUGCCUUGGGCCCGAGCCGGCAGUGGUGAUGACGUUGAGUGGAGCACUUGUGAGCAGGAAGCUGUGUCCACUCUGCAGGAACAGCCUGCCCGCUAUCCCGGCCUUGCGUCACUAGGUGCUCACCGUCGAUUGUCAGAUAUUUUGUAUGCUCACUCUGACUGUCGCCCCAUUGGUGGGCCACUUGCGGCUUCUCAGCCGAAUGACAGGUCGGUUUUCUGCGUUGAGCUCUGGUCCCCUGCCUCUCGCUCUCGGGCGUUCUUCCCUGCCAGUGUGACCACACAAGGAUUGCGCAGCAAGGUUAAACAAGCCUCCGAGCUCCCGCGCGGCACCCCGGUUCUAGUGCAUCCUCAGGCGGCCUCCCGUAGCGUGCAGUUUGUGUCGCCCUCCACGUCGCCCCAGAUUGUCACUAUUGUUGUUGAUACUGGGUUGGGGUGGCAUUGCAUCGAUGUGCCUCGCGCCGGGACAGGGCAAGCUAUAUUGGCCCACAUGUGUCAGCUGCAUCCGGGUUCAGAGUACCGUCUCGGAUCGCAUCCCACGCUAGCUCUCCGACAUGGGGAUGUCAUCCUUGCCUGUCAAGAUGUCUUGACCCAGCCCCUUGCUGGCAUCAUCCGAUUGCCUGCAGACAUGACUGUCAGGACCCCACCGGGCGACGUUGUUGAUGUAGCAGUGUCUGCUGCAGACCUUGGAUUGAUUCGAGUGAGGGUUCCCUCCCAGGCCACCAAGGAAGGUAUUAUGUCUGCGCUCACGCGGUGGCUCGGCCGGCAACGAUGCCUAGGAGUCGGUCUAUACCAGGUGCAGGUACCAGGGUCCACCGUGCAACUUUUCUGUCUGCCCCGUCGGGAUCGCAGUACUCUCACGGCAGUCCUUACCGAUCUGGAGGCGGAGUACGGGGCGAUUUUCGUCACAACGGUGGAUGAUGUGCCCGGAGAAGCGCUGACGUGCGCUGACCUUGCCACCGCUAGUGAUGGUCUAGGGGUCUUCUGGGCUGAUGUACUUAGGCGCAAUCCAAUUUGUGUGGCGAGACGGGACUUGAGACCCCGAUCGUCCGGCCAGGGCGAGGUUUGGCGGCAAAUUCACCUUAACCUGGACUAUUGCCGAGCCGACAGCUUUGGCUGGCGACCGGUGCUAGAACCGGGACCUGCACUUUAUGACCUUGUCACGCACCCGCCGGGGCCCUCCGUUGACUGGUACCUUGGUGGAUCAGCGACGAUGUCAGUCGCGACUCAAACCACGCCUAGCCACUGGCCAUUGCCGGCCUCACCGCUAUACUCGGACGGUCUCCCAGUUCGCCGUCGACCGGUCGGCUGCGCGCUGGCCCCCGGCAUGUACCCCGCGGGAACGCUUCACCACCUGGACUGCCCUCACUUUGGGGUUUAUUGCACAAUCCCGUGUGUCCCGGGAUAUAAGCUUUGGGCUUUCAGGCUAGGGCAAUGGGUUCGAGGUGCCUGCACCGCGACACUUACUUGGAACGAAGUAAUGGCAGCGGCUAGUAUGACCCCGUGGGAUUUAUCUGGAUCCAUGAUUCAUGGCGAGAACCAAGUCUGGGUGUGGCCUGCUGAUGUUGCCUCGCUUGAAGGACAAUGUGGUCAUCUCUUUCAUGAGGGGUCGGACCCGUAUCUGUGUGGGAAAGACAUUGGCUCUGGCAGCCCCCCACCAGAGGAAGAGUCCGAGAUUUCGGCCACCAACCAUGGCCGGCGGCUUACGGGGAUGCUAGGAAUUUGGGGGUCCUUGUUUGUUUGUGCCGCUGAACCUCAGCGAUGGCGGCCGGGCUUCAGCCUUAUGUUGCUAUAUCUCCUCUCUGCCAGUUCUGUGCGCAGCCCAGUGGCCUCUUUCGAACCGUCAGAGGCUCAGGCAGAAGGUACAGGUUUUGAUGCCACGCAAACUUGCAAUAUAGGGUGGUGUCAUGAGCUCGCGUGUCAGACGACUCACCUCGCUGUCUCGAGCCGGCAUCUGCUGGCCUAUUUCUCCCACCACUCGCCUUAUGCCACCAUCAGGGUUUCCCUCUGGACACCUUUCCAGGGGCCGGUUCUCUUCGAUAUACACCGAGGUAGCCAACUCAGCGAGUUUGAUGAGUUUCUGCUUGUGUCUGGGCAUGAUCCAGAUCGCCAUUCGCUCUACGUGGCAUUUGAUACGCAUGCCACCUCGCCCGACAUCCUUUCUGUGCCCAAUGGGGACACGGUUUGGUGGCUGGUAAGAGAUGGCUUAUCGCGGGAGCUGCUGCGGCCUGUUAUGCCCUGGUAUGAACCACCUGAUCGGUUAGUCGCCACCAUCAACUCGCAUGGCCAGGCUAGUACGGUCACAUUCUCGCCGGAAGUGUCUACCAUGAGACGACUACCACAAGGAGCCAGGGGCAACACCGCCGUCCCCAUGUCCACUGUCAUUGGACACCUGACUGCUCAAGGUCUGGUCCUCAUGGAAAUAGCUAUUGGCAGUCUGACUGCUGCCCGCGAGCUUACUCGCUCACACGCCUGCACCAGUUCGAUGCUCUUGCUUGCCUGGCUGCCUCUGGUAUGGGGCAUGCAACCGGCUCAGGACUUAGCAGUGCGCACAGGGCGGAGGACGGACCCUUGGGGUGGAGCUGUCCGAGCGGCGCCAGCUAUCAUGCGAAUAUGGACACAUACUCUAGAAGCCCCUCUUACCCUUCCUUUCCAGGAUGUGCCGGAUACUAGUCGGCUGUUGUACUGUGUAGCAUGCACGAGGCGAGGCGUGCCGUCGACGGGGGAGUUCAUUUGGACCCAGCCUCGGAUUGUUCAAGAUGUUGCGCAUAUUCUGCACAUACCAAUGGGUGCUUAUCCAACCCUGGUUUUCUGGUUGCUGCACUUUAGAGCCCGAGCCACAGUGGUAGCUGCCGCCCCCGGUGUUAUGGACUGGGGACUUAUCGGCCAGACCGCGCAUGAAGCAUUCGGUGAGAGCUUCUUUUCGCGGGGGAGUUUCAGCAUACAAUAUCAUAGCGGCGUCAUCAGUUACGGCACUGCUGUUACGCCUCCCCACGGAGCCAUUCUUCACCUGGUCAGGGCUGUGACAGUGCCUCAGGUAAGUGCUAACAUAUGGGAAUCUACCGCUGAGCCUGCAUACGUGUCGCACUUCGACUAUGACAUUUGCAUGGGGCCGCGCGGCGAGCCAACCCUGGUCGAAGGUGAUCAGGUAAGCGGGCAACCAGGUGCAGCCCACAGCCAGGGCCUUACACGUUCUGCCGAAGCUGCUAGCUUAGCCCGACAAGUGAGCCAUAUCUCCCACCAGCUCGACACUUUGACUAUGCGACUCGAAAGUGUGGGGGUUCUGCCGUCUUCUGAUGCUGAGGAGGUGCCGGCCGCUAGUGCGUCCGACAGCGCAGAGCCUGGUGACCGCUCGGCGAGCCCCCGGCCAAAUGCUGCAUGGCUGGGCUCGUUUCUCAGUCUUAUAGCCUCCGGCGGACACCUCAGACUUGCGAUUGUCCUUAGUCUCUCACUGCAGGGAAUCCCAGGAGUUCUGGCUGACGGCUCUGAGGGAUCCGACUCUGGCCCGGCUGAACCUAGCUCUCCUGAUCUGGAUGAUUGGCAACCACCCACUCCAACAGCGUCGGAGCCUCCCACCGCUUCCGCCAUGCCCAUACUUCGGCCUAGUGGAUCCAGCUUAGCCCGUACCUCUGCUCCAUUCGAAGGGCCUGAGGCUCCGGUGACAGUGACAUUUUCUCAGGCUCAGGUGCCCGCUGUCCAACGCAGGGUUGCUGCAGUCCUACAAGGUGUCGAUGUGGAGCCGGGCCCUGUCCCGUUUCUGCCAGCAGGCUGCCCUGUCUUUAUCCAUAACCCGUUCACUGGCCAAACUCAGUGUCCGGCCUUGUCCUCGCGGGUGGGCACAUCCCAUCAGCUCACGGAAGUGCUUCAAGAUUACUCAGAGCGCAGGGGCUGGCAACCGAUUGUGAGCGUUCAGCCCCAGCCUGACGCUCAGGGGGUGCACUUUAUUCCAUCCGCAGCUGACGAACGCUUUGUGUCGGUCCUGUUCCGUAACGGGCGGGAGCUCCGACCGCGGUGCAUUGAGCGCGACUUCGUAUAUGGGCCCGGCACAGAAGUUCCCUUUGGGGACCGGCCCAUAUGGGCCUCCACCACCACAGCCGGCAAGGUCUCAGGCUUGUUGCGCCCCUUCUUCUGCUCGGGUUGGCGGGAUACAGGGGUGAUUCACCUCCACCUGGCAGCAGAGUCCCUCGACUGUCGCCUGCAGUGGGUUGACUCUGCGGAGGAUGUGGCAUUUGUCCAAGACCGAUUUGCCCAGCUGUUGCCGCCUCCGCGAACUUUGAUGCCAGUUUGGCCGGCCCCGCGGCAGGACUGCCUGACUAUGGUGCCAGGACACAGCAGAGCGCUGCUGCUCCCGAGAAGCUUGGCCGUAGUUGAGCUUUGCCGCGUUAUACAGUACCUCACUUGUUGGCCCUUCGAUGCGAUUCGGUUGCCCCCCGCCUUGUGGGCCAGCCUGAGAGAUCGGCCACAGGCCCCUGCGCAUUUGAGGGACGGCGAUGUGCUUGAUGUGCUCAGAGAAAACCAUGCCAGGGAUGUCGUCCUGCGGGAUAGUGCUCUCCUUAAGGACCAUACGCUUUGGACUCGCACCAUUCGGCUCUCUGUUCCGGUUGCUGUGCGGCUGUGGCUGCCUGAUGUUCUCCAUCCCGUUCUGACCCGGAUCUCUGCUGGGGAGGCCUGGCUCCCUGAACGCGGCUCAUUCACCGGGCGUUUCCCAGCGGACUAUCCCGGCACAUGGAUCCCGGUUACAUGGUGCCCUUGUUCGCUGCCCCACUUGGUGCGAGCCUCGGACAGACUCUCUACUGUUUCUGUUCUGCAUGACUCAGUCGAUGGGGUCCGCAGCAUCAGCACCGUAACCGCCUUUAGAGCUAGUGAUUGUGCCGAUGAUUUCCACACACUCCCACAGAACUUCCACGUACUAGGCGUCUCCCACGAGGCUAAUGAGGACGUCCUCUUGCGUGAUGGGGAUGUGCUGUGGGAUUCGUUUAUGUAUCCCGACGAUGCCCUAGGGCCUUGGGCCUCUUUGGAUGUUUUGGGAGACCCGACGGUUGCUGGCCUGGCUGGAGCCCUCAUUGGCAAGCGGUCCCUGUGGCUUUAUGUCCUUCUGCAGGGCUUAAGGGUGA